GAGGGAACCAAACUUUAGGCACGCGACUGCUUGGUAUGUCCAGCGCAGCACGGCCUGCCGAGAUGGGGAAGGAGAAGGAGCCGCAGAAAAAAAUGCCGGUAUUGCAGAUGGUGCUGAAGGGGGUGCUUCUUUUCAUGCUGCCGCAACUUCUGUUGAUGGUGGUGAACGGCCCAGUGGACGGUAAUGGAGAUGAAACUUCUGGCUAUUGGGGUCCCAAGACAGCGUCUGUGAAUUGGUGUGAGCGCGACUAUGUGGUGACUCACUACAUCGCAGAGUUCGCCAAUUCCCUGACCUCUCUGAUCAUUUGCGCCUUCGGCAUCUACGGGAUGUACGCGCAUCAAGGCGCCGUGGAGCUGCGAUACCAGGUGGCCUUCGCGUUCUUUGUAGUCGUCGGGCUCGGCAGCGUGGCGUUCCACGGCACGCUGCUGCGGUCCAUGCAACUGCUGGACGAGCUUCCGAUGGUCUGGGGCAAUGCGAUUUUUAUCUACAUCUGCCGCACCAUGCAUGACGAGGUGGGCCACGUCAGGUAUUUGGAAUGCGCGAUUCUCUUCCUGGCAACGCUGAUGGCCACCCUGGCAAUCAUCCGGUUCGAUUCCGACAAUCAGAAUGUGUUUCUGGUAUGCUACGGCUCUGGCGUGGUGUAUUUGGUCCAGCAGUCCCACGGCUUCUCUGCGCUUUCCUCGCCGAAUUCCUCGGCGCAGAUGCUGUUCACCAUGGCCAUGAUCGCCUACUCUUCGGGCUUCAGCCUGUGGCUUGUGGACCGGAACUUCUGCACCUCCGCACGGUGGCUGUACCUCCACACUUUUUGGCAUUUCGGCGCCGGGUUCGGCACCUUCUGCGCGGUGCUGCAGUGGAUCAUGGUGCGGUGCCAGGUGCUGCAGAGGAAGAGCCGCCUGCAGGGCGGUUUGGUGACCUGGUGGGUGGAGAUGCCGCAGAAGUGAGCUGAAGGCCCGCCAAAGGGCUUGAAUAGUCUAACCAAUCGAUCGGAAAAAAUGAGCGGAUGCGAAUGAGUUGGGCCCGUUUCUGGCGGGUUUUGAAAGGCGCACGGAAGCCGACAGUGUGACGCCUAGUCCUUUGUCAAUUCCCC